GCUCUUCCGUCUGUCUCAAUCAGAUAGUGGGACUAGAACAAGGCCCUCUAGGGACCUCUACUCUGGACUAAAUUUAGGGGGAAAAUGGAAAUAGGUGUUCCCAUUUGUCACGGAAGCUUGCUAAGUAGGUGUGAAUAAGCAGGUUUUUAAAUUUAUAGAAAGAGACUAAAUAACAGGUGAUCGCAUUCUAACCUUUGGCAAUAUAGGCUGCAGCAAUUGAAGUAUGAAAGUGAAAUUAAGUAUUUAAAAUUCAUAAGAAUGGAGGUCUUUAAGUUUUUCAAGUUCAGUGCACUGACAUGACAAAAGUUGGAUUUUUCAUUAGAGAUUUGUGUUGGAUGUUAAAAUGUCAUUCAAGGAGAAAUAAAAAGGGAGAAGAUGAUGAAAGAAUUGAACCAACAGCUACUAACUUCACUCUUUGAACAGGCAGACCUGACGCUGAUUAGCAUUAAUUAUUGACUUCACCACAAAGAAGAGCUCCAGAAUUGUGCAUCAAAUUAACAAAGUCUUCUGGAAAAUUAACACUUCUAUUCCAGAAUAAAACAUAUGUACUCUGGUGAAAGGAAAUAAAACAUUGUUUUAUUCAUUUUUCCUAGCUGGAUUCUAUUGAAGUCUAGAGGCAUUUCUUCAGAACACUGGAAUAAUAUAACUAUCAUUGAUCAUUAUAUUCCAUAGCACACAUUCCCAUGGUGACAAUGACUAGAGUUCACCCUGAUAUCACUGGAUGAAUUCAAAAUAAUCUGCAGAUCAAUUCUUCCUUGGACCAUGUGAAGAGAGAGACAAGACACACUUUACUGGAAUCGGAAUUAAGUUGACUCAUUUCAAGCUAAUUGUGUCGGUCCACCAGUGUGCUGUUGUGAAUGGGAUUAGCAUCUGUUACUGUGUGUUGCUGCAGCAUCUAUCAACAGCUUUUUUUUUUUGGUGAUUUCAUUUACAUGUGAAUUUGAUCAUGCUUCACAAGAUUAGAUGAGAGAAUCAACAGCAAGUGCAAAAUAAUGUGCCAUAAGAAAAUCGGAUAGGGUGUGGGAAAGUCACAGCAAGAGCUUGUUGAAGAAGUUCUGAAUAAUUAGGAGUUUUUCUGGCAAUCAGUUUGGAAUAAUGCUGCUUUGUUUUUGACUAAUUAUUUCAUUGGAUUACAAACCCAACAGAACAAGAUGGUGAGAUGCUCCCAAAACAAAAGGAUUCUUUUCCUGAAAGUCUUGUUCAUCAUUGGUAUGAAUGUCAACUUAAAUAUGGCACAUGAUUGUGAGGUUACCUAUGGAGCAGACAUGAUGGCCAACUGCAGUGCUAGAGGGUUGAAGUUCAUUCCUUAUGACUUACAGCAUAACAUUGCCAUCUUGGAUUUACAACACAACAAUCUUGGAAUCAUUGAGGAGAAUGCAUUUGUCAAAUAUGAUCAACUUUACUCCCUGAAUUUAGAGAAUAACUCCAUAACUGAAGUGAAAGAUAAUGCUUUUCAGCUACUCAGGAGACUUAAAUACUUGAAUUUAUCUAGAAAUAAACUCAAAAUAGUGCCAUCCGGAGCAUUCAGUGAUUUAUCAUCUUUACAUUUAUUAAAUUUACGCGGAAAUAUGAUCUCAAGCAUCAACGACAACGCAUUUGUGAAACUUCAAUCCCUAAAAGAACUUAAUUUAGAUGGAAAUUACAUAGAAAAUAUUGCGCCAGAUGCCUUUAAAGGCUUAAACUUUCUACAAGUUAUGGAUCUACAAAAUAACGCUCUGAAAACUUUAACAGAGGGGGUAGUGCAGCACCUGACACACCGCAUGAAAGCAUGGCGAUUGUACAAUAAUCCAUGGUAUUGUGACUGCAAGAUAGGCUGGCUUUAUUCCUAUCUGACUACAAGUAAAAAAGAUUUCAAUUUAUCAUGGAAGUUUAGCCAAGGUGAGCCGAAGUGUCAGGGACCUCCCCUGGUAAAUGAAAAAUUCUUUUCCAAACUGAACCAAAGUUAUUUUGUGUGCCAAAUUGUCAUGUACUCAAGUGGACAUCAGAAAAACACUAAACUUGGAGAAAAUGUAGAUUUAUUUUGCAAGUAUUUUUCCAAACCUUUCAUCCAGCCGUUGUGGUUAAAAAAUGAAGAACAAAUAGAACCCACUGAAGGAAAAAUAAGCAUUCAAACUACAGGGAAGGAAACUUAUACAAGUACUCUAAGCAUAAAGAACUUUCAGUAUUCAGACAUUGGGGAUUAUAAGUGUCUUUUAGAAAAUGCUAGGGGGUCCAAAUUCAUCUCAUACUCUUUGUUAAUCCCAGGAGUGGAUCCAGAGAAUCUACCCACCACCACUGAGGAUUCCUCCCUCCAGCCUCUGGCUAUAUCUGAAUCUCAGGGCAGUGACCAUGGUCUGGACAAAAGGACCAUAAUUAUAAUUGCGUCAGUGGUCAGUGGAUUUAUAUUUGUAUGUAUCAUUGUGGGAUUACUUGUUUACGCAUGUGUCCGUGUGAAACGUAGCAAAAGAUUGAGGAAAGAGGAGCGAAGCUUGACCUUUAAAGAGCAUCUAAAGACAACAAUUCUAAAUGAGUCUACUAUAAGGGAAUCUAAAAGUGAUCUGAAACUUGAGACAAGUCUUGAAGAGAACCCUAAAGAGAAAGAACCUUUACAGAGUGAGGAGGUAGCAGAACAAAAUGGCAUUAAUACAUAUGUUUCAUUCAAGACAGGAUAUAAUGAAACAGAGGACCAAUUUUACUCAAGUACAAACACUAACAGAACUAAAGAGAGUGAUAGUUCAAACUGUGAAUCUACGUCUCCUUUACUGGAGAAUUUCUCCCCCAUUAGGAGUGAUUCUUAUGAUCCUCUGUUUGAAUCCACUCCCCACUCAUUCUACAACAUGCCCAAAGCCAGCACAUUGAACUCUAGGUACCUGAACUCUGACAGUUCUUAUGAUACCUAUUUAUCUUACACCCCCUGUAGCACCUUGUCACAUACAGGCCCAUAUUCUCUGCCACCUCAUGGACACAUAGCGGGCACACUGCCCAGCAAAAGGACUAGUGUCUCUGCAGGCUACUUAAACUCAUUACCUCCUAAAAAGCCACCCCGAUUAUUCCACUCGAGGGAUAAUAUGUCUCUUACAUCACAAAACUCUCAAACAAGUGACUAUGGUGAACAAAAACUAAAACUCUCUCUACCCAAACCUGGAACAGUAGAUGAUUAUGGGACAGCAGUGUAGAGAGUUGUCUGCCCCUUUCACCUGCCAAAAUGUAGUUCAUAAUAUACCAAAGUAUUCUUUUACUAUGUUACUUAAGAAAAUUUCUAAAUAGUGCAAUGGAGAAAAUGUUAUAGAAUUUAUUUUUACGAUGGAUCUGCACUGGUUGUCAUAAUCUUCAUUACUAAGUGGCAAGUACUAUUAAGACGACUGUGCAUUAUAAAUGUAUACAUUCCAUUUGAGUAUUUGUUGUCAAUAACUUGUUCAAGAAGAGUCAUGUACAAAAAUUCCUGGCUCUGUACUACAAAAACACUUGCAGUUGUAUAAAGUGUAAUGAAAUACCAAAAAAUUACUACAUCUUGGCAUCUCUUCAAGUUAAUUACACUGGGAUGUGUUUUAUCUUUAAACAUUUGGGUGGAUAUUUACAUAUCAAGACUGUUGCUGACGAUGGCCUUGCUUUUAUUAAGAAAUUUGAUAGAUUGACCAAUUUUCAUUUGCCAGUUUUCUGUGACCUUCAUACAAACAUCUCACACAAAUCUGUAAACAUUAGUGUUCUCGUCAAUCUUUCCAAAGGUAAAUUUUUUUAGAAGCUUUUUUUUUUUUUACUUCGUGCAUUACAUGGUAACUCAGUGCUUUUUAAUGCAUGCCUAGUUUUAUUGUAUGUAGUGCUACAAUUAAGUUCUGAUAAAUGUGAAGAUUUUGACAAAAGAUUUUUUUUUUCCUGAGCAGUUUUUGCCUGCUUUAUCAAGUAAUCAGAACUAUGAGCACUUUUUUUUUGCUUACACUAAACAUGGCAUAGAUGAGAUAUGACUUGUGUACAAAAGGAGCUUUUGUUUAUUUGUUUCAACACAUUUUUUGUAUAUCAUUGUUUCAUUUAUAUUUGUGCUAUGUACAUGUAUUAGUUUCAAGGAAUGCUCAAUUUUCAAACAAAUAAUAAAUUUUGCUUGUUUUAUG